GUUGUGUGGAUGUGCCAGAAUCGUUCUCCCAACGCCCACGAUAUCAGCACAAGCACACGAGCGAGAUGGCACUACUGGAGAACGUGCAGCUAUUCGAGUUUGUUGCUCAUUCAACCGAAAACUUAGACGUAGAUGUUGGUCCGGGUCCCACUCCAACAAAAACGGGACGGUGCUCCAAACAGAAAACUCCGCCAGUGGAAAAGUGUGGCCGGAAAGUGUUCAUCGAUAAACAUUCUUCGCGUUCGCCAGGCUCGUCAGAAGCGCGGGAUACGGGGCGAUGCGUGCGAACGCUUUUGAGCGCUUGGCAAACAAGUAAACAGAAGGCUAAAGGGCUCUACGGCAGUGCCCCUUCACCCGGCAAGGUGCGGUGGGAUGGUGCGGCAGUGAGACGCGGGGCAUGUGUCAACAUCCGGAAUCACGUUUUCUUCUCCGCAAUGGUGGUGAGCGAUCUGCUGCGUAAAUGCUUUGAUGGAUACGGUGGUGAUGGUUGGCUGGUACGCAUAUCGGCAGGUGCAUGACAGGGCUUACGUCAGGGGUAGCAGCGUUUGAAGGUUUCACAUGUUUUCCAGCAUCAUAAAUAUGGAGUACACCUUC